GGUAAUUGAAUAGUUAAUUUUAGCGGUCCAGGAAUUUGUGGCGUCUUAAUGUUCUCGUUGUUAACAAUGUGCAUUUGUUCUACCUAACCUAUUUGUAAAGUCCAUCGCCACCAAUUGAAUUUUUUUCAGGAAAUCCGCCAAACCUCAAGAUAGCCAGAGAGGCGGAGACAGAGAAGAAGAGAGGGAAGGAGGGAGAUUUUACUAACAGAGGUUGGUUUUCGGGAUGUCUCAGGUAGCAAGAAGAGACCCUUCUCAACUUGAAUUUUAAAGAGUUAGCAAGGCAGCGACUGCUAUAUUCAAGUCAUGGCUAUUCCCUCCUCUCCAGCGACUACAGCACCAAAGGAUGUGUUCAAAGAACACAAUGGUCUUUUCCGUUCAAACUCUGACAAGGACUUCCGCAACCGAACCACCAUGCAGAGAUCCUACUCAGACAACAACCUCUGUUAUUCCAUUAACCGCGUACGCGCUGCAUCAACACAUCCAAAGCUAAAGAGCAGCCGAUCAGUUGGGAUUCUCCCAUUUCAAAUUGCUAGCUCCAUUAUCCCAACAUCACUUCGGUCAUUUCUGUUUGACCCAGAGACAAGCAAGGACAUGAUUAUUGCGAAGGAUGGAAAUGAUAUAUUGUCAGAGAAGGGUGGGAAUAUAGCGGAUAGUUCAGACGAGGGCAGUGCUAACAAUGAACUAGGAGAGGUAAAGAAAGCAAAUUGGGUGGAGCGGAUUUACGAGAUCGGAAGUCAUAGGAGGAGGAGACAACAGAAAGAGGAUAUAUAUGGAAAAGAGUCAUCUGAUGCAAACAAAAAUGGUGAUAGCAAUUGUGAGGGUGGUUGCACGGUAGACUACAACUCAGAAGAGGAAGGAGGAGAAACAAAAUAUGAUCGGGAAACGUUUUCAAGAUUUUUGGUUCCCGUUGCAUGGUCUGAUAUCAAGCUAUUCUCAAAGCUGGCUUUCUUGUGCAACAUGGCUUAUGUUAUACCAGAGAUUAAGGCCAUGGAUUUGAGGAGAUAUCAUGGCCUACACUUUGUAACAUCUUCUUUAGAGAAGAAAGCGGAGGCUGCUGCCAUGAAAGAGAAGCUCGAUCAGGACUCUGCUCACGUCUCGGCAGCUGCUUCUGUAGUUGCCAAAUCCAACCCACAGAACACGGAGGAACCUAAGCAGAAGCACCCAAUACGGUCAUCUGUUGCUUAUGGGAUUGCUGCCUCAGCAGCAUCUUAUGUCCAAUCACGUGCACAAGGCCUUCUUUCUCAUGGGGCUCAACCUCGGCAGGAAGGUGAGUGUAUUGAUUCAAGCAGUACUGGAAACCAACCAUUUGAGGACAGAGACCGACCAGUUGAAGAUGGUGAGAAAUCUCAACGAGUAUAUAAAAAAUCAGAGGUGGCUGCUUACGUUGCAGCUUCAACUAUGACAGCAGUGGUUGCAGCUGGGGAGAAGGAAAAACAGGAGGCAGCAAGGGACCUUCAGUCACUUCACUCGGCACCUUGUGAAUGGUUUGUUUGUGAUGACAUAAGCACGUACACACGCUACUUUGUGAUCCAGGGAUCUGACUCCCUUGCAUCUUGGCAGGCAAACCUCCUAUUUGAACCAGCUAAGUUUGAGGGUACAGAUGUGCUUGUCCACAGAGGAAUUUAUGAAGCAGCAAAGGGAAUUUAUGACCAGUUCGUGCCAGAAAUUAUGGAACACUUGAACAAAUAUGGAAAGCGUGCUAAGCUUCAAUUUACUGGCCAUUCUCUAGGGGGUAGCCUCUCUCUUUUAGUUCACUUGAUGCUACUAACCAGAAAGAGUGUCAAGCCCUCCACUCUUAGGCCAGUGGUCACUUUUGGCUCACCAUUUGUAUUCUGUGGAGGCCAAAAAAUCCUAAAUCAUUUGGGUUUGGAUGACAACCAUGUACAUUGUGUAGUGAUGCAUAGAGAUAUUGUCCCAAGAGCUUUCUCCUGCAACUACCCCAACCAUGUGGCACUAGUCCUCAUGCGAUUAAGUGGCUCCUUCCAGUCACACCCUUGUCUAAUUAAGAAUAAAUUUUUGUACUCUCCACUUGGGAAAUUAUUCAUACUCCAACCUGAUGAGAAGUCAUCUCCUCCACACCCUUUACUGCCUCCAGGCAGUGCACUGUAUGCUUUCAACAAAACCCAAUAUGGGUUCUCUGCAAGUGCCAUAAAGGCAUUCCUGAAUUGUCCCCACCCACUGGAAACUCUUAGUGAUCCUAAAGCCUACGGCUCAGAAGGUACAAUUUUAAGAGAUCAUGACUCAAGCAACUACCUAAAAGCAGUGAACAAGGUUAUAAGGCAAAACUUAAAGAUGGUUCGUAAAGUACAAGAGCAGAGGAAUCAAUUGUGGCCAUUGCUGGCCUCACCAUCUCCACAUUCAUGGAACCAUGGAAACACUCUGGAAAAGAGUGUGCUAGGGACCAAGAAAGUCAUGACUGGUGUCUGAAGCCCUUUGCGGGGUUCUCCCCUGGUUAGAUAUGCACAAGACACUGACAAGAGAAUUUUCUGUUUCUCCUUUCAUCUGUUUGUACAUACAGUCAAUACGCAAAAGCCAAUAAACUCUCGUAUCUGUAUUUAUCAUUCGUCCUCAUUGAAUAACGCCUUGGUGAAAUCCAAUAUUUCUUGUAGCAAAGAUACUGCAAUAUUCUAUGCAUUCGUUCGUUUUUCUGUUCUUCACAAUAUUGACUUACCAGGCUACGCUCACAGCUAUUAAUUAUUUCAGAUUUAUACUCUAAGCUGCACUGCUGCAUCAAGGGUUACAAAACUAAUGACCAACAACUAAAUAAUCACAAUCAAAGAAAAUUAAAUUUGUUAAAAAAAGUCACUGAACAAAUUUUAGUGCACUCGAUGUAAUCCAAGAUCUAAAUUUAGUAAAUAGAACAACUCCAAUGUCCUCAGUAUCACUACUACAAAGUAUAAAGUGCAAUGCAACUCCUGACUAGCAAUUUAAAACUACAAAAGUUUGAAAUUCUUGACCAAUACACUUAAAAGAAGCCCCUAUUUUAUUAAUUACAAGCAUACUCUCUAAUGAAUCGGAUUGUUUUCUAAAAAGAUAGCUCAGACAGAUACAUAGAGUUUUGAGGAACUACUGAAAAAUAGAUUUCAUGAAAAAAUUGCACACUGCAAAUGCCAUUUGCAUAUGCUAAAUGUAAACAUUAACGCAACCGAUAGCAGGUAAAGUAGAAAAAAGCAAACAAAGAAAUGAGCUUUGACAAAGAAAAAUGCAUACCUGCUUCGCUCUGUUGAGGUUCGGGUUCAGUGUAAUCUUCCAUAUAAAAGACUAAAGAUCACAGCUUUCACCAGUCCAAUACAUCCAAUAGCUACAAUUCACUGUGCUUUGAGAAUCUGAAAAU